AGAAGAGCCAAGGAAAAGAAAACAAAAGUCCCCCUGUGUUUAUUCAACUCGUGGUGUUGUUAUGCCAGCUAAAAAACGAGAACAUGAUCCCACAACGGGUAAAAAGAAUAAAAAAGAGAAACGAGGUGAACUCGCCGUGAUUAACUCGGAUUUGAGGGAUGAAGCUGUGCAGAAAGGCAUGAGAGACGCAUGGCAGAGGAAAGAGAGCUACACUAAUGGUGAUAUCCACCUGGACUGUGAGCCUUUCCCUCACUGUCAGAUCACGCGCUUCCUGCAGAGUGAGAGCUUUGUGGAAAGUCUUCAAGCAGAGCUCCUGCAGCUGAAUUUCAACAGCAAGUCAAAUGAUCUGUACAAGUUUAAACAGUCAGAUGAUCUGAGAGAGAGGAAAGAGCAUUACAUCUCACAAAUAAGGUCUGUGAUUUUUGGGGAGUUUCGCAUUUGGUUGUCAGAAGUGUUGCAGGUGGAUCUGGAGGCGACUGUCGAUAUAUCCUGUGCAAAGUACGAGCAUACAGAUGUUUUGCUGUGUCACGACGAUGAGCUGGAGGGACGAAGAGUUGCGUUCAUCCUCUAUCUGGUUCCUCCCUGGGAGGUGAAAGAUGGAGGGACACUGGACCUGUUCAGCACUGAUGAACACUGUCAGCCUGUGAGUGUUGUCAAGUCUCUGCUUCCUUGCUGGAACUCGCUGGUCUUUUUUGAAGUGUCCCCCGUCUCCUUCCAUCAAGUGGCAGAGGUUCUUUCUGAGGAAAAGUGCCGUUUAUCUCUGAGUGGCUGGUUUCAUGGCCCUUCUCUACCAAGACCCUCACGCUACAUUGAACCCCCAGUUCCCCGUCACACUCAUAUCCCCAGAGAUGAGAGUUUGCUGUUUGAGUGGGUGAAUGAAAUGUUCCUGGAUCCUCGAUAUCAGGCUCGGGUACAGCAGGAAUUUGAAGAGAGUUCUGAGAUUUGCUUGCCUGGUUUCUUGCAGGAGGAGAAACUGAGGCAGGUGCGCAGCGCACUGCAGUCCUCCGAAAUCCUGUGGGAAAGGAAGGGGCCACCCAAUAAGAGGUGUUAUGGCUGUGCAGAUAUGCAGAACGUCCCAUCUUGUGUACAAGAAUGCUGGGAACUCCUCUCCUCUGAGUCAUUUUUCAUCCUCUUAUCCAACCUGACCGGUCUCCGUCUACACUAUCUGUGUGGUGAUGAGGAGGAGAGCGAGAAUGAAGAUGGAAAGAAUGAGACAGAAAACCGAGAUGGAGAGGGAAAUACGCAAGCAUCAGCAUCCAGUACUGAUGCUGAUACAUCAACAACUGAGAAGAAAGACAAAGGACCUCCUACUUGUGUAGGAGAACUGCGUCGCUGGAUGCAUGGCGACUACACGUUGUUACAUGACUCUGUCAAAAGAGAGUAUGGAUUGGAUCUGCAGCUUCACAUGGGCUGUGCAGGGUGGAAGUCAGAAUUUGGAGGAUUUACGUCCUAUAUUGCACAUGAUGAAGAUGAGGAGUUUUUUUCCCUAGCUCCUGACAGUGUAUCCUGAAGAUAACUCCCUCGCUUUGGUCUACAGAGAUAAAGACACCCUCAAGUUCAUCAAGCAUAUCAAUAAUAGCAGCUCCAGCCUACUCUCUUCUCAGAAUACCGCAGCAUUCUAUGACUUCUCUUUCAACUACUAUGAAUGAUGAGAGAAACUCAAACUUUUGAUUGACUUGAGAAUGCAAAAGCAGAGUGCCCUGGCCAUACAUUUCAUAACAUUUUGAGCUUAACAUACACAAACAAAAAUAAGUUUAAAAUAUAAGUGCACUUUCAUUUUUGAAUGUUCAAGUUUCACUCCCAACUAAAACAUUUCAGUGUUGAAGGAUGCUCGAAAUGCUGUCAAUAAAUGUUAAGAAUUAACAUAAAUAAUGACAUUUGUGUUCAUCUGAAUCCCAUUGAGCUAUAUCACAGAACUAUAACUUGUUAAAAAUUAAAUCUGAGAACAGUAGUGAAAAUCUGCAUUAUGUCACCCUCAUGUCACUGCAUAUUUAUAACCUGUAUGCAUUUCUUUAUUCUUCUGAACAUAAAAUAAGUCAUUUUAAGAAAUGUAAAUUUUUCCAUAUAAUGAAGUCCAAUGUCAUUUGGUUCCCAAUGUUCAAAAUGUCUUCUUUUUGUGUCCUACAGAAAAAAGUAAGUAGUUCAGGUUUGGAAUGACAUGAGGCUGAAUAAAUUAUGACAGAAGAAUAUUUAAUAUUUAAUUGAAGUUUAAUUAAAAAAUGUACAUGAAUUUUAGAACA